UGAAGUUAAAAAUCACGUAUAAUAUUAUAACUAAAGAUUAAUGAUUAUUAACUAACAACUAAGUUAGCAACCCCCCGCCACCAAAGCAACAUCUUACAACACUGCAGACAGACAUCCAUAAAUAAAACCCUCCAACAACACCAUCUAGCAUCUUCCUUCCCCCUUCUCAACUAGUAUAGAAAGAAGAUCAUCAAGCUGUUUUCCUCAAUUUUCCGCCGCGCUCCCUUCUCCCCCCUCCGAUCCACCGUCGGUCUCUCUGUUGCGGCUGCGGCCUCGUUCCAGAACAGACCCUCCCCCUCCGGCGCUGCCCUCUCCCUUACCCCCACGACGCCAUUGAGCGUCAAGACUGCCCAUAUCUCGUCCAGAAUGGCGCACUCCAAAGUUGUCAUCAUCGGCUCCGGUCCCGCUGCGCACACAGCAGCCAUCUACCUCUCCCGCGCUGAGCUAAAGCCCGUCCUAUACGAAGGAAUGAUGGCCAACAACACCGCGCCCGGCGGACAGCUCACCACCACCACCGACGUCGAGAACUUCCCCGGCUUCCCCAACGGCAUCAACGGCUCCGAACUCAUGGACGGCAUGCGCGCCCAAUCCGUCCGCUUUGGCACACAGAUCAUCACCGAAACAGUCUCGCGCGUCGAUCUCUCCUCGCGCCCCUUCAAAGUAUGGAAGGAGUACUCCGAUGGCCCCAACGAUGCGGCCGCGCACACGGCCGAUGCCCUCAUCAUUGCCACGGGCGCGAAUGCCCGCCGACUCGAUUUGCCCGGUGAGCAGCAGUAUUGGCAAAACGGCAUCAGUGCGUGCGCGGUGUGUGACGGGGCCGUUCCUAUUUUCCGCAACAAGCCAUUGUUCGUGAUUGGCGGGGGCGAUUCGGCCGCGGAGGAGGCUAUGUUCCUGACCAAGUAUGGAAGUAAAGUGACCGUGUUGGUGCGCAAGGAUAAACUGCGCGCCAGCAAGACGAUGGCGAAGAGACUGUUGGCAAAUCCUAAGGUUGAGGUGAAGUUUAACACCGUUGCGCUCGAGGUGCUGGGCGAGCCGGAGCCAAGGGGCCUCAUGACCCAUUUGAAGAUUAAGAAUGUAGUAUCUGGUAAUGAGGAGGUGGUGCCUGCCAAUGGGCUCUUUUACGCUGUAGGACACGAUCCUGCGACGGCACUGGUUAAGGGGCAGGUCGAGACGGAUGCGGAGGGUUAUAUUCUUACGAAGCCCGGGACGAGUUAUACCAGUGUCCCUGGCGUGUUUGCUGCGGGUGAUGUGCAGGAUAAGAGAUACAGACAAGCCAUUACUAGUGCGGGAUCCGGUUGUAUCGCUGCGCUUGAAGCUGAGAAAUUCCUUGCCGAGUCGGAAGGGGCUGAUGAACCUCCUGUCGUUACCUCGACGCUCGAACAUUCUACCACUAACGAAGGAGGGAAAGGAGCUCCGUCAUUGGAAUAUACGUCAAAUCCUCUGCUGUAAGAAGAGAUAGAUAGGUAGCAGGAGGGUUUUCUAGAUUAGCAGCGAAGAAAACGGGAUUGGAGCCAGCACUGGCUUCCUGGUGCUCUUCGGAACAGGAGCAAGUGGUCGAAGGCGAUUCUAUUUCUUUUUGUUUUAGAUUAUUAUUAUACAAUUUUUGCUUCCGUGCCCCAAUAAAACUCCCAUUUGAUGGAUGAGCAUGGGGUUGGCCGGGGGUUAGACGACAAUUAUAGAAAUAUCUCUGUUUUCAAAUUACCCUCUAUGUUGAUAUAUGGAAUGGUUUGGCCCCUUAACUAGUUAAGUUACCAGUUAGCUUGGUGGUGGUUGAUCGAGCUCUUCUGCCCCAGUGGCCUACACUGAACAGCUCCAUGGAUUUGCCUAGUGAGAAGGUUAGAUGAAUAGAUUCCGCUAGCACGAGUAUCACUCGUCGGCUCUCAUUUUAUUAACAUUUCCUCCGUUUUAAUAGAAUUGGCAUCUCAUUAUUUUGUUUUUCAUCCUCUUUGCCUCUCGGGAGACGGACGGGAAGGGUGAUGAAAGGGGAAAAGGAAAGCAUAAAACGGUGUACAAACACAGUAAUUAUACAUGCAGUACAAUUGUGAAUCAGAAUCAAUGAAAAAAGAAGAGAAAAAAAAGAAAAAAGAAAAAAGAAAAAAGA